AUGCAUGAAAACUACGUGAUUGCCACCAGUUGGCAGCGGAGCGGAAUCCCAGUGCUCGCCAAGCAGCUGGCGACGACACGGCCGCUUCGCGGCGCAGUGCGCUACAUGAAGCAGGUUUCAAUAUUCCUCAAGGAAGGAAUGAGUGGCAAAGAGCAAGCCUUCCUUUUCCACAAAGCUCUCCCAAUGGAGGCAGACCACCAUGGAUCGCAAUGGGCGCCCGUCAAUAGGCCCAUCCUGCUUCAACCCUACCAAGUAGACACCACCUACGAGUUUCGCGCCGACUUCGAGAAUGCAGCGGCGCCAAUGUCAACCUUACCCAUGGAUCACCCAGCAAGCAAUGAGCCCAUGAACUCCGCAGCGGAUGCAUCCCGACGGCUAGAUGAGCCGAGAUCAACGAGCUCGAGACGCUCUCCGAAGGCCAACUCGGCUUUCGAUGUGCUGGGAAUUGCUCCACCGAAAAGCUCUACGGCGGUGACAAGGCGCUGUGGCAAGCCGAAACAACCCUUGGUCAUCUUGGUCGAGAUAGAUGGGGGCUGCGACUUUUUCAGAGCUUUCAGGUACUCCCUUGUGCUCAACGCCCUCAUUGACGAGACGGAAGAUCGCCCCGUCUUCCUCGUUCUCGCGGUCCUCCAAGUACAUCUCGUCCUCCUGGAGCUCCUGCGAUUCUUCAUCAUCGCUCUCGUCUGGCCCUCCUUGAUCAGGGAAGCUCCCACCACUUGGGCAAUCAUCUCCGGACGAUCCAGAGCCCUUAGCAUCGCUGCCACCUGGUCAAACCGCAUCAAUGUUGCAACGUCCUUCAAGGUUGGCCUUCAGCUCUUCACCUCUUUCCCGGCGAUAGAACUGGCAAUGACUCCCCUUUGGCCUCUUCAUCGUCGCCAUGGCGACGUGACCAAAGCCGCAACAAGCAACCGAAAGGACCUUCAAGCGAUGCUGCAACUGCCACGAGCUGGGGGCCCCGACAAGAAGGUGAACUCCGUGAUGGCCAGAGGGGGACAGACUGCCACCACAGGGAUAACGUCGUUGGCAAACGGCAGCCUGCGCACUUUGUGUUCUCUCCGACCUGCCUUCCUCUUCGGUUUCUGGGCAGCCCGGCGGCAGCUCCUGCGGAGUCGCUGCUUGGCCUUCCGGCGAUUUGUUUCACUACUGUUUGUGCAAGCGAGCGAAUUCAUGGACGACAAGGGCAGCGGCGACUCUGGCUAUGGGGCUUGGGGGAAAGUUCUUUUUUGGGACGGUUCCCCUCUGACAUGGCGAGCCUUCAAGAGGGAGAUGCAGUGGUGGCUUUCCAGCCUGGAUGCUGAGGCCACCAAGAAGUACAACCUGGCGGCGCGAUGGCUUCUUCGGCAAAGCGGCACGGUGAGGCAGCGAGGGGAGGAAUUUUCUCCCGAAGACCUUCAGUGUCAAAAGGGCGAGUCUUACACAGACCCUGAUUCGGGGGAGCUGGUGGAGAUUACGCCCGAAGAUCCGUUCUUCGGCAUCAACCGCCUCAUGGAUGCCCUCGAGAAGAUGAAUGGCCAAUCUACCCUGGACAAGCGAGGAGAAUUGAGGGCACAGUUUUAUUUGCACAUGUGCCGCAAGCCGGGCGAGAGGGUCGCAGACUAUUCGUCCCGCUUCCGGACCAGCAUCUCUGACCUUAGGUCCGAAGGGGUCAAGCUUCCUGAUGCUGAACUUGGAUGGUUUUAUAAGGAGAAGCUCGGGCUAGAUGCUUUGAGAAAACAAUUGUUAGAAACCGCUCUGGGCGGCACCGAGGACUACGUCACGAUCGAAGCAGAUGUUUGCUGCUCCUUCUUCGUCUUCUUCGGCGCCGCCCUCAAUUUCCACGAGCAGCGGCGCACCCUCUACAAGGCGCAGGAAGAGCCGGAGGAGAUCCCCGAGCUCUUCGCCGACGAGCCGGCCGGCGAGGCCAGCGCCGAGGCCUUGGUGUCGAUAAGAGAGGCCCGCGUGAAGCUGGCCGAGAUUCGUAAAGAUCGCGGCUUCAAAGGGCCGGGCUUUGGCAGCGGCGCUCCCGCGAAAGGUCGCGGGCGAGGGUCUGCGAGCAUUCAAGCCAAGAAGAAGGACGGGAAACAUGUUUGCUUCGAUUGUGGGCUUCCCGGGCAUUGGGCUGGAGAUGAAGGCUGCACCAAACCUGGGCAGGGAUUGGGCCGGGCUAAGGCUCGGCCGGCCAAGAGCGUCGAGAUUGCCGAGGUUGUUGCCGAAAAUGAGGUGAUCCAGACCGAGGCCGGCGAUGGUGACCCCGGGGAGGUGAUGAUGAUCAGUGGCGAGACCGGCCGGACCCUGCAGCAGGCCUUUGAGAUGUCGGUGGUUUGCGCCGAGGUGAACGUUGCUGCGAACACGGCGAAUGUUGCUGACAAGGCCGUGGUCGGAGCCCUGGACAGCGCCUGCAAUCGGACUUGUGCAGGUGAUGCUUGGAUUCAGGAGUAUAUCUCCCUGCUCGCCGACGCGCCGGCACAGGUGCUUAUCCAGACCGCCGAUGCCAAGGACGUCUUUGACAAGGGAACAGCGACACGAGCUCUUUUGGCUCCCAGAAAUCGCUUGCCUUUACGGUGGCUUGGCUUCGUGCGAUGCUUCGACGUCCCAACACCGUGUUACGUUGGACGGCGCGGCAUCUGGAGUAUCGAGUACAGCCCCACUUUCGUGAAGCAGGUGUCGAAGGGCAAGCGUGCUGUGGUGCCAAAGGUCGCAGAAGGACCGCGGCUGGCACCACCAAGGGACCAUGGGCGUCAACGUGAACUGGCUUGGCGCGUGCUUGAGCUAAAGAAUCGCUACCUCGAAGAGGCCAACCAGCACAGCUUGCUGCCCUUACCAGCACCUGUACUCGUGACUUUCUUUUCGCGAGACGGAUGA